AAUUUGUGCAUGGUGCUCAAUUCGCAUAAUGUCGUGGAAUAGUUUGUGGUUUUCUCUAGUAGUGUUGUAUCUUUCUUCCGCUGUUUGCAGCGCGAAGGAGGAAUGGUGGCAACAUGGAGUCUUCUACCAGGUGUACCCCAGAUCUUUCAGGGAUGUCAACAAUGAUGGUAAUGGUGAUUUGGCAGGAGUGAUCGAGAAGCUUCCCCACUUCAAAGAUGCAGGGGUUGAUGGCGUAUGGUUGUCACCCAUCAUGAAAUCACCUCAGAUUGAUGCAGGGUAUGACAUCAGCGACUAUUACACCAUAGAAGACAUGUACGGCUCCGUUGAGGAUCUGAAAGAACUGAUAAGGAAGGCGCAUGAAAUCGGCAUCAAGAUUAUACUGGAUUUCGUGCCAAAUCAUACCAGCAACUUGCACAAGUGGUUCCAGGAGUCAGAGGACAAUAAUGAGGACUACAAGGAUUAUUAUGUUUGGGCUGAUGCUAAAGGAGACGGAAGCCCACCGAACAACUGGAUUAGUGUCUUCAGGGGAUCAGCAUGGGAGUGGUCAGAUAAAAGGCAACAGUAUUACUUACACCAUUUCGUGAAAGAACAGCCAGAUCUCAACUACAGAAACCCAAAAGUUCGAGAAGAUAUGAAAAAAGUUUUGGUUCACUAUUUAGAUCUUGGUGUGGACGGUUUCCGUAUAGACGCCAUACCCUAUUUGGUAGAAGACAAAGAACUGAGAGAUGAACCAAGAUCUUUCAAUCCAUCCGCUACACCAAUGGAUAACGAUUAUCUUGAACACAUAUACACCAACAAUCAACCUGAGACCUACGACCUGAUCUAUGAAUGGAGGAAGCUAGUGGAUGAUUAUACAGCACAAAACGGAGGAGAUGCCAGGAUAUUGAUGACUGAGGCCUAUGCCGAUCUAGACCAUACAAUGCCAUACUAUGGAACCGCCGAUGGCAGUACCAAAGGCGCCCAUUUCACUUUCAACUUCUUCUUCAUCUCAAAUUUCAACAAGAACAUCUCAACCGCUCACGACAUAGCCAGAAUCGUUUACACGUGGCAGAACGCACUGCCUUCGAUCUAUACCUCUAACUGGGUGCUGGGCAACCACGAUAACAGAAGAAUUCCAACCAGGUUGGGCGUUGAGAACAUCGACGGUUUCAACAUGCUGGUGCAGCUGCUGCCUGGUAUUGCCGUAACGUACAAUGGAGAGGAGUUUGGGCAGGAGGAUGGUGAGGUGACUUACGAGCAAGGUAAAGAUCCAUCGGCUCGAAACAGGUCCAUAUUCGAGUCAGCUAGCAGGGAUUUCGAGAGGACUCCUCUGCAGUGGAACGAUUCAGUUAACGCAGGUUUCAAUGCAGGUGCUGAACCUUGGUUGCCUGUGAGUGAGAAGUACAAGGAAUUGAAUCUAGCCUACCAGCUUGAUGAAAAUGUCUUGAGCCACUUCCAAAUCUACAGGAAAUUGACGAGGAAAAGGAAAGAGGAUGCCACUAAGAGUGGCACAACAGAUAUCUGGGCUAUUUCUGAUGACGUUAUCGUUCUGAAGAGGAGUUACAUUAACCAACAUACGGUUUUAGCUUUUAAACUAGGUUGGCAUGGAAAUACUGAGGAAGAAACUGUGUAUGUGCCUUCUAUAAAAGCGAAGGAAGCAACUGUAGCCUUGACAAACGUUGGUUCAUCAUACGAAAUAGGAUCUGUCAUCAAUCCACAAAGUUUCAAGUUGAAACCACACGAGAGCCUGGUUUUGGACAUAGUUUGUUGAGGAUAGAUCAUCUAAUGACUUUAAAAUUGAUGGAAACACGCUACUGUAUUCAUGAAAUAUUAUCAGUAUUAGGAACGAUAAUAAUUGUGAUGUUUAUUUAUUAUUAUAUGUAAUUAGAUACGAUAAUGAAGACCAUUUCCUAUUGAA